CGGCUGCGACGGCGUGGACGACCGCGGCUGGGGCUGCGGCUACCGCACGCUGCAGACGCUGUGCUCCUGGCCCGAGGGCCGGCCCGCGCGGGUGCCCGCGCUGGCGGCCGUGCAGGCGGCCCUGGAGGCCAUGGGCGACAAGCCGCCCGGCUUCCGCGGCUCCCGGGACUGGAUCGGCUGCGUGGAGGCCUGCCUCUGCCUCGACUACUUCGGGGGGCCCCGGGGGCGCCUGUGCCACGUGCCCCGGGGGGCCGGGCUGCGGGACCAGCUGGAGACGCUGCACGGGCACUUUGCGGGCGGCGGGGGCCCCGUGAUGGUGGGCGGCGAUGCGGACGCCCGGUCCAAGGCCUUGCUGGGCGUGUGCCUGGGCCCAGGCCCCCAGGCGUCGGUCCUGGUCCUGGACCCUCACUGCUGGGGGACUCCGAGCAGCCCCCGAGAACUGCAGACCGCUGGGUGGGUGGGCUGGCAGGAAGCCGGCACAGCCUUCGACCCCACCUCAUUCUACAACCUGUGCCUGACCAGCGCAGUCCCAGACUGACAGUCGGCCCCACCCGCCUCCCACUGGCCGCUGCAUGGGCCCGACCCAACCACCGGUGAUAAUAAA